UGCAGCAGCCAUUGCCCUGCCCAACCUCUCCCAUACCCCAUACUGCACCAUGUUGGUUGGUACCCCCCAGCUGCUAACACUGGAUGAAGCUGAUUCCAUCUGGACCCUCAUCAAGGAUAAGGUCAUCGAGGAGCGCUUUGGGCCCAGCAUAGUGGCAGUACCUUUCCUGUCGGAUGCAGCCUGCUAUGACCUACUGGGGGUGCUAGUGAAACAGUCUCGCCCAGCCCACACCCGCCUGGCUUUGCCAGGUCGCCAGGGCCGGCGGGCACUGCAACCAGUAGGGCCACUGCCAAGCCUUCUAGAGCAGGCAAACUCUGAAGGUGUUUUUGCCCACUGUACCAGAGAAUACUCACCAAAUGGCCAAGCAGAGAUAACCUAUGAAGAGAUGCGACUGUUGGAUGGGCAGCCCUGCCGGAUCCACCUACAUUUGGGUGGUCUGCGUAAGAAGGUGGCCUUCCUGAUGCUACCACCAGGGCAGGUGAGCCUACAGCAGACUCUUCCUUGGCUCCGAAGUACCCACAGCAUCUAUGUCAUCUACCAGAUCUUCUCCUGCACAUGGCUGCAGCUGGGGUUAUUGCCCACAGCUCGUGAGCCCCAGCUGCUCCGGUUGCAGCGGUCACUGCCUGUUGCCUUCUCCUGUCUCAAGUUUUCACUGCAGCCUAAGGGUGUACUGGGACCACAGAAGCCUCUGACAAAGGACCCUUUGCCCCAUGGGGCCAACUGGGUCAGACCUAACCUCAGUAUCAUGCCACCUCUGGCCCCCACAUCAGUCCCUGCUGAUAUCCCCGAAGCUGCUGCUGUGCCCCAACCUGUACCAGCCCCACCUACACCACCUCCCCAGGAAGGGCCAGAGGGCAGACCCAGAUUCUCCUACAAGGGCCGAAACCCCUUCCGGAGGAGACCACUGAUGCUGUCAGAAAACUGGCUCUUCAGCCCCCGCAGCCCCCCACCAGGAGCCCAGGGUGGGGGCCCCGGGGACCCCGACCGGCACUCCAUGUCCCUGCCCCUGCUGCAGGGUCUGUCCUCGGAGUUCGACAGCGACGACUGAAGCUGAGGCAAGAGAUGCAGGGGGCAAGGCCCCCAAAAUCUGGCAUAGGGAUACUGGUUCCCAAUAAACACCAGCUGCUGCUCCCCCAAA